UUCAAAAUUUGUUCUCUCCCUUUCUCUGGAACAUCGACGUUGAUGCUGUGUGAGUGAAACCCUAUUCCCUCUAGAAUGUCGGAAAAUCGUGCCCUCCGGGUCCGGCGAACCCAUGUUCUCGCCAAUCACCUCUGCCGUCUUCCUCGAACCUCUCCCUCACGCGCGAGGUAUGAUUGCACGGUACUAUCCAGACGGAGCUCAACGAAAGCUAUGGAUUCCAAGUCAAUGAGAUGAGGAAAUUGCUCGACGGAGACAGAUCCUGAGGCUCAGCUCAAGAAGUUUGCUUUGUACGAAGUUUGUGGGAUUUUAUGAUUACUACCUCUCCGCCAAACUCGCUCAAUGUCAAAUAAGAAGUUUGCUUUGUACGAAGUUUGUUGGAUUUUAUGAUUACUACCUAUUGAAAACUGUCAAUAGGAGAAAUUUUGGAAAUGCAUAUGGCAUGAUUUGAGUUCAGGGGUAAUGCUCUUAACUUCUUUGGGGCAUUAUGUUGUCCUAAAGAUUAUGUUGUCAAGGGACAAUGACUGAGUUGGGCCACGGAACUAAUGUACGAGGAAGUGAGACAGUGACUACUUAUGAUGCAAGAACUAGAGAGUUUGUGAAUCUGCUCAGAAGUAUUGGAUCGAAUGCAUUUAUCAGCUUGGAAGAAGAUCCAUCGUUGCUGAGAUACGGUACUUACCUCUCUCGGGAUAAUGUUGGAGACGUGAGGAGAGAAGUUUAUAAGCUAAGUGGAGAGCUUAGACCUCAGGCACUUGCACUCCUCACUUCAUUCGGCCUUCCAGACUCCUUUUUGAGUCCAAUUGCACUCAACUGGGUCGAAGCCAAUGCUUGGUCUUGACUCUUGAGUUUAGUACUAAUAUUAGUAACAAUCUCGUCCACAUUUCCAAGAUUUCUAUUGCGUAGCAACUAUUAUGUAAACUUUAGACAAUCCACAACACCAGAGAGAUUUGGGACUAUAGUGAUUCGU